AUGCCUCAGGUUGGAGGCGCGAGUGGGAUAGUUUGUAGGAUGAGAUCAAGUCAAACCGGAUCGGAAUGUGUCUUCAAGCUUCUCGCUCUCCCUCUCCGCCAAGACGACGGGCACCCGAACAUCUUAACCUUCCUGGACUGCACAUACGAUCAGGCAACGUCAAGGUUCAUCAUUGCUACGGAAUGGAUGGAUUGCCUUUCACUGCGGGAUCACAUGCCCCCUGGUCGGCCCAUUCCCGAGCCCGCUGUUGGUGGCAUCAUAUCCCAGACCGUCUUCGGACUGGCCCACCUUCACAGUGUUCAGCACACUGCACAUCGAGACAUCAAACCCAGCAACAUUCUCCUCAACUCAGCAGGGAAUGUGAAGAUUACAGACCUUUGUCAAAGUCGACAACUUGCGCAGACUCUCGAUAUGAUGGGCACGUAUGUCGGUCAGACACUUUACAUGUCACCAGAGAGGAUACAGGGUGCUCGUUACACGGCAAAUUGUGACGUGUGGAGCGUGGGGUUGAUAGCGAUGAUUGAAGACAACGAGCCUCCCAGGCUGAACCCUGCGACUUGCGGGGCAACUGAGGAGGCGGCAAACUUCUGCAGAGCGUGUCUAGAGUACGAGUGA